UUCGGCAGAAUCACCUGGGGUGCUCCUUACUCUCAGCCGUCACUCACGCCUGUUAGCAUCAUACAGCCGCUAAUCCCUCAAGUAGUUUUAUACCAAUGCACAUCGUGCACAAGUGCAUUUCUGGUUGUGGACCUUUGCAAGGAUCAAUUUGACGGCCAAAUCGCGCGCAAUGACGCUGGCGUCAAUCUUCUGGCCUCAAGUGCGCGCUUGUCGUCCGACACAAGUAGAUGCUGCCCCCACGAUCAAGUUUGCAGCCACAGAUGACGGUGUCUGUCACCAAUAGAUUGGUCUUGAUAGGGCGAUAACACCAC